UUAUCAAACGACUACUGUUUAGAAAAUUUGAAAUUUGGUAAAAUAGAUGUCGCAAAGUUUCCAGAUGUUGGACAAAGGUUUAACAUUGAUAGUGGAUCAUUCUCCAAACAAUUACCAACACUCAUAUUGUUCAGAGACGGUAAAGAAGAAAUGAGGAAGCCAUUUAUUUCACCGAAGGGAACUGUUGUUAGGUACAGUUUUGUCAAGGAAAGCAUCAUCAGAGAUUUUGAAUUGCCCACAGUUUACAAGAAAUGUAAAGAAAAUCCACUGAGGACCAGAAAACUUAAAGAGAAGAAAGAGAAUUGAUGUUAAGAAGAUCUGACUAUUACAAUUUUUUAAGACAUUGGAUCUUGGAAAAAAGAUGAUUGCAAUUUACAUACCAUCUGUCUAAAUUCGAAAUAUCUAUUAAUACAUGCUUAAAUAAGGAGUACGUAACAAUGGACAUCACAGGAGAAUUUUAGAACAACAGAACAUUACAAAUCUAUCCUUCUAUGUGGCUUGAAACACAUUGGACAUUGUUUUUUUAUAUUUUUGCCUUAGAUAUAAGCUAUGAACUUUUUAAUUCAUGCAUUAAAACCAGUCAUUCUGAAUAUACAGUUUUGAAGCACA